CUUUGAAACAUAUCUUUACUUGAUAAUCAUAGAGAUCCAACCCGAUAAGGAAGGAGCUCAGCAAUGUUCAAGUAUGUGGCCAAUAUUAAGAAGCCACUCGACAACCAAACGGAGAAAGAAGUAGGAGAGCUGGGGGAUGGAAGGAGCCGCUUCGUUGGUUCUUCCUCUCAUCGGAGUCGUCGCCGUGGCCGCUGCCACCUUCUACGCUGUCAGCUUCACGGAGCUUCGCGAGGUCAUAAUUGACAUCUCCAUCCCAAAUUUUCUCACUCUCGACUCCCUUGAAUUAUCGGACAUGGAUGAUUUUGUUCACGGACUGUUUUGCAGAAGUCGUUCAGGGACUUGGACGAAGCAGAGGAGAAAGGAAGCGGCGGCGGCGGGGGGUUCAGGUCCUCGGCGAGCUCCAGAGAGCGCAGAGCUAGAAGAAAAGCCGAGAAAGAAGCCAGGAAAUGAAUAUUCUUCUUAAUUUCGCAAAGUCUGAAGUAGAUCUUCGAUCGUUUACAUCUUCGAUCUAAUUUAUCUGAAUAGCAAGCUAAGAAUUGUCUGAUCCAAUCAAUAAUUGCUCAAACAUAACUUUUUUAUUCAUAGAACUUUGUGACCA